AUGUACUGCUGGACCAGAAGGAGAGAAGAAGUUGAUCAGGAUGCUCCAAGUAUCUACACUCCAGAACCACUCUGCAACUUCUGGUGGGCUCUGUUAUCCACAGGGUUUAUGUUUGUGUAUCAUUUUAGCAUCCUGCAGAUCCUGGGAUUGGUCACAGAAGUGAAUUUGAACAACAUGCUGUGCCCAGCUGUCUCGGAUCCUUUCUAUGGGCCCUGGUACCGAAUCUGGGCAUCUGGACAUCAGACUAUCAUGACCAUGACUCAUGGGAAGCUUGUAAUCCUGCUGUUUCACAGUGCUGUCCCCAUCUUUAAAUGUAGCAUGGACUUGCUUAGGCUCCCAGCUAAGAAAAUAGACUGA